AUGAGUGACGGCAAUAAAAACAUUACUUUUACGAAUAUUAUGGGACAGGGUCGUAUUAAUCAACUUGGCGGUGUGUUUAUUAAUGGACGACCGUUACCACAACAUAUUCGAAUUAAAAUAAUCGAAAUGGCCAGUAAUGGAAUUAAGCCUUGCCAUAUUAGUCGACAGUUACGUGUAUCUCAUGGAGCUGUAUCAAAAAUAUUGAAUCGAUAUGUCGAAACAGGUUCUGUAUCACCUGGGCAGAUUGGAGGUAAUCCACGUUCGCGAUUAGCUAUUCAAGCUGUUGAGAAACAUAUUCUGGCGUUAAAAGCAAAAUGUCCUAGUCUAUGCGCGAGUGAAUUGCGCUCUUCUCUUAUCGAACAAGAAAUCUGUUCCCCGGAAAAUGCACCUACCGUAUCCUCAAUCAACAGGCAUAUUCGAUCGAAGAAACUCAACAAUUCCAAUGAUAAAGAAAGGAAAGCAUUGAAAAAGAAUUGUCUAAGUCACAGUAUCGAACAUAUCCUUGGUCUACAUAGUGGGAAACGACAAUUGAAUAAUAGAGAUUUUGCCACGUAUACUGCUACGGUUGUUGAUGUUGUUGUUAUUAGUAGUGGUGGUGAUGGUGGUGAUAGUGGUAGUGGUGGUUUUGAUAAUGGUGAUAAUAGCAGUAAUAGUGGUAGUGAAGUUAAUGAUGAUAAUGAUGAUCAAACAUAUACUGGUAAUGAUGAUAUCCCGGAAACAUCGGAAACAAGUUAUUCGGAAGGAGAAGGAACCGUAGAGAAAAGAAAUGGGAAUGUAGUAGAUGAUGGAAAUUCUGGGAAAAAUGGAAGAGUACGACGAAAUAGAACAAGUUUCAGUAGUGAACAGCUUGAGAUCCUUGAAGCGGCAUUUAAUGCCAAUACUUAUCCUGAUCAGGAUGAACGAGAACGAAUUGCGAUGAAAACAAGUCUUAGUGAAGAGAAGAUUAUGACGUGGUUCAGUAAUCGACGAGCACGCUGUCGAAAGAAUUUUGCUUUCACAGGUGCCAGUUCACUUCUGAUUCAAAACGUUGCACCCAUGCCUGUUAUGCCUUCUCGAUCAUCCAUACGACAGUCUGAAAGUAUGCCAUUAUUUUCAUCACAAAUGAAUUUACUCCCGUAUCCUGUCAGUCCAACAUCACCAGUGAAGUUUCAAGAUCCAUCAAGGGCAUCAAUUCUUUUUUAUCCGCAAUAUGCAUCAAUAUGA